AAGAGUAAGGGAAACGGUAGCAGAGGGUACGAAAAAAACGACGCAAGCCUCUCGGGCUUUGCAGCCGCUUUCUGUGUCUCAUAUAAGCAGAAUCGUCGGAUCGGUUUCCACUAUUCACAUCUGAUAAGAAGAUUUCGAGAGCGAGAGGGGAGAAGAUGUCGGGAGCGACGAACCAGCCACCGGCCGAGGACGACAAGAAGCCUGGCGACCAGGCUUCCGCUCACAUCAAUCUGAAGGUCAAGGGUCAGGAUGGCAGCGAAGUCUUCUUUAGGAUCAAAAGAAGCACCCAACUGAAAAAACUUAUGAAUGCCUACUGUGACCGCCAGUCUGUGGAGUUCAACUCAAUUGCUUUCUUGUUUGAUGGCCGACGUCUCCGAGCAGAGCAGACUCCUGAAGAGCUGGAGAUGGAGGAUGGCGAUGAGAUUGAUGCAAUGUUGCACCAAACUGGUGGCUCUGCUGUCUGAAAAAUACCCAGGCUCCUUCUGUAAAAAUUUCUGUACUUUGAAGUUGGUUUUGGAUGUUAGCUAUGUAGACAUCUAAUGAAUAGGAAAAUUAUGCAUUUGUAUGGAGUUUGUGACAAACUUGUAAUGGGUCUUGGUUGGUAGAAGCGGUAGAAGCUUUAGGUCCGUGGAGCUUUAUUGCUCUACUUAAAUCAGACUUCUGGACUUGGUGAAUGGCAAGACUUUAAGAAUAUUAUCAUA